CGUCUUUGUUUUUCGUGUAUUAUACUUUUGUUUUUUUUUUUUUGCAAGAAAGGAACUGCCUUUUUUUUCUCGAAAAUUAUGUGUUUUCAGCGUACCCAGUCGAGGAAGUGAUCGAGCAAAUCAGUAUGUGUUGAAACCCAAGUGAAAAUAAAAAUCUUUUUAAGGAUUAGAGUUGCUACUUGUUCUUUCAGAUACAGAAUUUUUUCAUGGGUUCUUACAAGGAUUAGAGUUGCUACUUGUCCUUUCAGAUACAAAAUUUUUUCAUGGGUUCUUACGAGUAAGAUGCAAGGAUUGCAUUGCAUUGCAUUGUGUGCCCGCUAAUGUGAAACCCUAAUCUUGUACCCUCUGACCUUAGGUAUUCUGAUGUUGAAAUAAUGUCAAACGAGGUGGUAAUAUGCUCAGAGAUCACAUCUUCUUCUACUGAGAAACAUAAAUGGUGCAAAAUAACGAGGAAUUCUGAUCUAUGUUCUGCGACAAUAAAGAAUAUUAGUUCAAAUUCAAUACUUGUUGAUGAAGCUCCUGUCCAAAAUGAAGAUGAUAUUGUUAUCAAGACUGGCAGUGAUAUUGUUCCUGAUCCUGAUCGAGAAGGAGUUUUGAGCUAUAGAUUCAAAUUAAUGCCUAGCCCUGAAUCUCAGAAGCAACAGAUAAAGGUGUGUAUUGAUUUUGAGCAUGCAAAAUGCAGCAUUUGCUUGAAUAUAUGGCAUGAUGUUGUGACUGUUGCACCCUGCCUUCAUAACUUCUGCAAUGGUUGCUUUUCAGAGUGGUUGAGGAGAUCCCAGGAGAAACAUGCUAGUGUGCUCUGUCCACAUUGUAGAGCAAUUGUACAGUUUGUUGGAAGAAACCACUUUCUCCGUAAUAUAGAGAAGGAUAUACUACAAGCUGAUACUUCUCUAAAACGAUCGGAAGAGGAAGUUGCACUUUUGGAUUCCUAUGCAUCAAUACAGUCAAAUCUUGUCAUCGGGACUGGGAAGAAUCAUCAGCGAAAGAGGGCACGUACACCCAUGGAUGUGGAAAGUGACAGUUUAUGGUUUUGUCCUCAAUGUGACACUGCAUUUGGUGGAUUUCGCUGCAACCAGAGCACUAUCCACUUACAAUGUCAUGCUUGUAAUGGCAUGAUGCCUUCCAGAACUGAUAUUACUGUACCACAACAUUGUUUGGGAUGUGAUAGAGCAUGUUGUGGUGCUUAUUGGCAUGCUCAAAGGGGUAUGAUAGGAGGUGACCUUCAUGCAACGUGCAGUCAUGAAACUUUUAAACCUAUUUCACAACGUACAAUCUCUCAGAUACCAUAUUUGGCACAUGAAAGUAAUCGACACGAACAAGAUGUGACGAAGAGGUGUAUUAGUCAGAUGGGGAGGACAUUGCAGGAUAUUGUGUCAGAGUGGAUUGCAAAGUUGAACAACCGAGAAAUUGAUCGAACAAGGAUGCCACUUAAUCAUGCUGAGAUGAUUACAGCAGCAACACAUGUCUGCAAUGAGUGUUACGACAAAUUGGUCUCGUUUUUGCUGUACUGGUUUCGGAUUUCAAUUCCAAAACAUCAUCUACCACCAGACGUAUCGAACAGAGAAGAUUGCUGGUAUGGAUAUGCAUGUCGAACACAGCACCGCAGCGAAGAACAUGCGCGCAAGAGAAAUCAUGUUUGCCGUCCAACCCGGGGUGGCCCACAGGCCACACACGCGUUAAGCCACACACACGUUAAGCCAUGCCCGAGAGCCAUGCCCGAGGGACAUGAAGGUCACUACAACGGAUGAAAAACUACUCAAAUCCCAAAUCCCCCUGAUGAGAAUAGAACCUUGAACCUCAAGAUCCUGGACAGACAACCUGACCAACUAGGCUAUCUCCUAUUCUCCAAAUCUGCAUUUCUUGACGACAUGAGUUGGAUGAAGUUGGUAUUCGAAGUGAGAUCAUGUUAUAUACACCAAGGAGACAUGUGGAAGCUUGUAGUGAUUAUUCUCUUCUUCUAUUUUUUAUUAUCUUUGAAUAAAUAAAUAACAAUGGCCAUGUCAUUCUAUGCAACAAUAGAAACAUACCAGUUAAC